CAGAGCACCUGCAGGAGCGACGGCAGGACAGCGCUGCUGAAGGCUCUGCCCGCCAGCAGGAAAUGGAGAAAUCCCGGCCGCUAUGGGACAACCCCGUGCAGUUUGUUUUCGCCUGCAUUUCUUACGCCGUGGGGCUGGGAAAUGUGUGGAGGUUUCCAUAUUUAUGCCAGAUGUACGGAGGAGGUGGCUUUUUGAUUCCGUAUUUCAUCAUGCUGAUCGUGGAGGGGAUGCCGCUGCUCUACCUGGAGCUGGCAGUGGGGCAGCGCAUGCGCCAGGGGAGCAUUGGUGCCUGGAAAAUAAUAAGCCCCUACCUCUGCGGGGUUGGCGUUGCCAGCGUGGUCGUCUCCUUCUUCCUCUCCAUGUACUACAAUGUGAUCAACGCCUGGGCCUUCUGGUACCUCUUCCACUCCUUCCAGGACCCACUGCCAUGGGCCACCUGCCCCCUGAACAGCAACCGCACGGGGUAUGAGGAGGAAUGUGAGAAGACGUCGUCCACCCAGUACUUCUGGUACCGGCAGACCCUGAACAUCUCCCCCUCGCUGGAGGUCAGCGGGGCCGUGCAGUGGGAGCAGGCACUGUGCCUGACGCUGGCCUGGCUGGUGGUCUACCUCUGCAUCCUCCGCGGCACUGAGUCCACCGGCAAGGUCGUCUAUGUCACGGCCUCCUUGCCGUACUGCGUUCUCAUCAUAUACCUCAUCAGGGGGUUAACACUUCACGGUGCUGUCAAUGGGCUUAUUUACAUGUUUACACCAAAGCUGGAGCAGCUGUCGAACCCCAAAACAUGGAUCAGUGCCGCCACACAGAUCUUCUUCUCGCUGGGCCUGGGCUUUGGCAGCCUCAUCGCCUUUGCCAGCUACAAUGAGCCGAGCAACAACUGUGAGCGCCAUGCCAUCAUUGUCUCCCUCAUCAACAGCGCCACGUCCAUAUUUGCCAGCAUCGUGACUUUCUCCAUCUAUGGCUUCAAGGCAACGUUUAACUACGAAAGCUGUAUAAACAAGGUGAUCCUGCUGCUGCUGAAUGCUUUUGACCUGGAGGAAGGCUCCUUAACAGCAGACAACCUCAACGAGAUGAAAGACUACCUCAUGGCCACCCACCCGCAGGAAUAUGCCCAAUUACUGCCGCAGCUUAAAAACUGCAGCUUGGAAGCUGAGUUAGACACGGCUGUCCAGGGAACAGGGUUAGCGUUUAUCGUCUACUCUGAAGCAAUCAAAAACAUGGAGGUGUCUCAGCUGUACUCCGUGCUCUACUUUGUCAUGCUUUUGAUGCUGGGCAUCGGCAGCAUGCUGGGAAACACCGCCGCCAUCCUCACGCCCCUGACCGACAGCAAGGUCAUCGCCACCCGCUUCCCCAAGGAGGUCAUCUCGGGUGUCGUGUGUUUCAUUAACUGCAUCAUUGGCCUGAUAUUCACCAUGGAGGCUGGCAAUUACUGGUUUGACAUCUUCAAUGACUACGCAGCCACCCUCUCGCUGCUGCUCAUUGUGCUGGUAGAAACCAUUGCUGUGUGUUACAUCUACGGGCUGAGAAGAUUUGAGAAAGAUCUUCACAUGAUGAUUGGACGCAAGCUCAACUGGUAUUGGAAAGUUAUGUGGGCUUUUGCUAGUCCUUUGCUGAUUAUAAGCCUAUUUAUAUUUUACCUCACCGACUAUAUCCUCACGGGAACACUUCAAUACCAAGCAUGGGAUGCCACGCAGGGGCAGCUGGUGACAAAAGACUACCCCGGCUACGCCCUGGCAGUGAUAGGACUGCUGGUGGCAUCGUCCACCAUGUGCAUACCCCUGGGGGCACUCGUCACUUUUGUACAGAAGAGGCUGAAGAGGGAAAGAGUCUCAACCGUCGCAUGAACACCAACAGCUGGAUUUGGGAAGACCUCACCCGCAUCGCCAGCGCCGGGGCGCUUCUGGAAGACAGCAGCAACCAUUAUCUGUAGCAGCUACUUAGAGAUUUGAGGAUCUUGGGUGCUAUAUUUACCAAAAAGCGCUCCCGGGAGGUCCCACAACGGUUCAGAAAACAAGCUCUUCUCUAACAGGAUGAAGCUUUAACAUGGCCUCUGAAAGAGGGGGAAAAGCAGAACAGCAGCUCACAACAUGCUAGCUAGCAGGAAUUAACCAGCAGAUCGACCCAUUACGUACCUUAGGCAAUUCCUUUCCUCUCUGCUCUAGCACUGCCUACCUGGAAACAUGAGCAACCAGCUAAGCAUGUUCCUGGAUAAAAGUACUGGCAAAUAUCCUUACUGGUCCACAAAGCCAACCCUUACGCAUGCGUGUGUUUCAUCAACAGGUGAAAUUGCUGAAGUUUUGUAACGUGAAUGUAACAAUCCCUUUCCUGCAAGGGAGAAAUCAGUACGAUGGUGUAACUACAGCCAACAUGGCUUCUUUUAUAUUUGUGUCCAGCAAAGCAGUUUAUAUAUGAGCUGCAGAAGUUCUCAUCUCCAGAAGUAAACUUCCACUUCCAGUAUGCAAUUCUGCCCUGUGCUGUACUUGGAAUUUGCUAGGGAUGCACUCACUAUAGGUACACUAAAAAACCCUGUGAUAAAGCUCCUUUACAAGCCCCACCCAAGCAGAAGUAUGCCAUGUAAUUAGCUUUGACAAAGUUCAUAUCUAAUAUACUUUAAUUUUAAUCGUGAGAAGCAACAAUGCAGCAGCUCCAUAGAACUGUUUCAUUUGCCUAUGUGAACGUUUUAUAAAGUACCAUGUUUAAAAUUUAAGCUUCAUGUUGCAGAAAACAGUAAAAAUUUUAUCUAUGAACUUUUAAAGAGGUCACUGAAGAACAACGUAAGAGAAACACUCACGGGAAACAGGUUCUUAAUAUAGCGUCUUAAUUACAUAACCAUUAGAAGAUGGCAAGAGCCUUGUAAAAGAGGGAUUCGUUUCAAACAUUUCCAAAGUACACCAACACAAGCAUUUCUCUA